AUGGUCGGAGUUCCCGGACGGUCCCGAGGAUGCGCGACCUGCCGCAAGCGGAAAAGAGGCUGUGAUAGAUCAUGGCCGUCUUGUGGCCAGUGCCAAAGUGCCGGCGUAGAAUGCGGUGGUUAUGAGAAGAAGCACAUAUUCUUGGUCAGCACAGCAGAAACAGUCCAAGGGGGCUCAACCAAGCUGAACACGGCCUUCUACUCCAAAGACAGAGGCGAGAACAAGCCACUCAAGAUAAAACAAUAUCAACCACGGAACACGCAACCAAGCCUGGAACUGCUUUCCAAUAAGCUUGCACGCAGUGCUUUUGAGGAGAACGUCGUGAGCGAGUUCUGGGAUUGCUAUCUUCCGAAUGCACGCUCAGCCUUGUCCAGUAUAGUGCAGUAUUCAAGUGUUGGAUGGGUGGCAGCCGCUCAAGAGAUGUUCCAGGGGAACCGAGUCCUUCGAAGAGCGGUUCUAACCAAUGCUGUGGGAUUGUGGGCGCGGAAGAAAAAUAUCCCGCAGAUGCUCCCUUCUUGCCAACAAAUGUAUGGACAAACAUUGCGCUCAGUCGCGAGUUAUCUCGGAAACGCAGAUGAGCAACAGGACUUGACAUCUAUUAUUCUUGUUGGAAGCAUGCUAUGUUUGUACGAGUGUACGUAUGCCCCAGGCUGCGAUUUGUUCAACCCUAAGCAGAUGGAAAAAUACUUUGCCCAUGUAUUCGGGUUUGAGGCACUUAUGAUGUCAAAAGACCCUUCAUUUUACGCGCAGGGCAUCUCACAUUACGUCUUUUGCGAUACGCGUAUUCAACAGAUCACUCUCCAGUUGCAGCUACGAAGAAAGGCACCACUUGCCGACAAGAAAUGGAAAACGUUGCCUUGGAUGUAUUUACCGAAAACAACGAAGGAUCUUCUCAUUGAUAUCAUGGCAGAUUUAUGCUGUGUUAUUGAAAAGAGUGAUUCCAUCGCGCUUCAAGAAUCAACAUCAAAGCUGGCUUCUCAAAAGGAACAGCUGGUGUUAGAAUGCUGGAGGCUCCAUCAAGAGAUGCAGCAAUGGAAAGCCGGAGCUGGCUACCCAGCUAUCCAAUAUCUGAACAGAGCCAAAGCGGGUGUAGGGACGAGAGUCGAGCCAACAGUAGAAGAGUGCGCAAUCAGUGAAUUGUCUCUCUUGUAUUGCUCCACAUGCAUCAUUUUGUACGAAUGUCUUCGGACAAACUCCGACCAAUCCGAUGUGGCUGAUUGGCCUGAAGAGACGGACCCCCGCCUGUACUGCCAUAAAAUCGCCUCGUUUGUAGGAUUCUUCAUGGCAUUUGACCAAGGGCGCAUAGUUACAAACCAGGUUAUAUUUGCCGUGCUAACUGGUCUUCAAUUCAUCACUAGACAGGAGGCACUAGGGGAGAAUUUGGUUGAAGAAAAAAUAGCCCUAUUCAUGGGCUUGGGGGACUUGCGUGAAGUUGUUUUGGGAGCAGUUAGUGGUGUUAACCAAGCCUCGGCGACACAUCACGUCAAGGAACUAUUAGCAUUGAAGUAG